UGUGUGAGGAUGGAGGCUGGGCUGGAACCAACAUUAGAAAAAGUGAGGCAGUUGGACAAAGCGUGGGGACAUCAGGCUCGGCGCAGCAGGAAGGCUCCCACCAUCAGCGAUCGUGUAUUACUAGCUAAAGAGAGGAUCUUCUGUCCAGAUGAGAGAGUGGACUGAGUUGGAGAUGAGCUUUUCGGCAGGGGGGUUUCUCUCGGAUGGUUACUGCUCCACAGAGCAGCAGCUCCAGUACUAUGACAUGCUGACUGACCCUUUAGGCUACCCUCUGCAGGACCCUGACCUCCAGCUGCUCCCUUAUAGCCAGCAACAGUACAGUCCUGCCAAUCUGCCUUUCUCCAUCUAUGGCUCUCCACCCUCCUGCACUUCCUCUCCCUCCUCCUCCUCUUCCUCCUCACAGCCCUGCCAUGUUCCGUACCACUACAGCCCUCAUUGCUUGGAGGCCCCCUGUGAUCCCACCCCCGAGCCCCACUGCGGGGGCCUGGUUCAGGGGCUCGGAGCGGUAGGGUUGCCUCUGGGUCGGAGGACACGGGUGGGGUUGGGAGGGAAGAGCAGAGGUCAGGAUGAGCUGUGUGUGGUGUGUGGAGAUAAAGCAUCAGGGUAUCACUACAACGCUCUUACCUGUGAGGGAUGCAAAGGUUUCUUUAGGCGUAGUGUGACUAAAAAGGCUGUGUAUCACUGUAAGAGUGGCGGGGGCUGUGAGAUGGACAUGUACAUGAGAAGGAAGUGCCAAGACUGCCGGCUGAGGAAGUGCCGCGCUGUGGGAAUGCUGGCUGAGUGCCUUCUGACGGAGGUGCAGUGCCAGUCCAAGCGACUAAGGAAAGGAGGCAAAGGCAGAGGACAGGAGGAAGAGGAGAACACAGACAGCAGGAGGGUCAGCUCUAGCAGCAGGCUACCUGGACAGGCUUUGUCUGCCAGUUUAACCCGAGAACAGAAGUACAUUGUGGACAGGAUGGUGGAGGCCCAUCGACUGUACAGAGCCCAGGACAGCAGCCACUGCAGGUUGUUUGAGUGGCCAUGUGCAGAAGAAGGGGAGGGCUUGUCGGAUGCUAUAUCACCCCACCUGCAAAGACUGCUACAGUUUGCCAGGACUGUGCCAGGUUUUGAUCUCCUGGAUUUUUCAGACCAGAGCUCUCUCUUGUCUGUCUCUUCACUGGAGGUCAUGUUCCUGCUCUCAGCUCAGCAGUUUUCCCACAACCCAACAAGCCCCAGUCCAGCCCUGCAGCUUUUCAGCAUGUCAACACACAACUGGCUGAGAAAUGUAGAGUCAAAGGAAAACAUCCACAGCAGGACGUUGGUCAACUCAGGAGGCAACGAGGAUCUCUUCAGCCCGGUGCUCAACUUCUUCCACAGCAUGGCAACACUGCGGGUGACGGAGGCUGAAUACACCCUGCUCACUGCUACAGCUCUGCUCUGCUCAGACCGAGCGUCCCUGCAAGCAGCCGGCUGUGUUGAGAAAAUGCAGGAAAUGAUCCUGGAUCUGCUGUCCAAGGUGUGUGGGGCCCAGGCUGGAGCUGCACGAGGGGGACCACAGCGGUUCGGGCGGCUGCUGGGCAGAUUGACGGAGCUAAGAACCCUCCGUCACAACUACCUCCUCCUGACAAGACAGCAGCCUGGACUCUGACAGAGAGGACGUACGGGAAAUUGUGAUAAACCACCACUAUCAUCUCUGGGGAGUUUCAUGUUUAAAUUUAAGGACUAGGUGGUCCGGUUUGAGCCGAGAAAUAAUUCAUAAACCUUUUGGAAAUGCAAGGUUUUCUCCUGAUAUUGAGCAGACUGUGUUGGAUUCUUGGGUCUCGGCUGACUUCAAUAAUUCAGUCCUGCAGUCAUUAUUGAAUUUUAGCUUCUAAUGGGACUGAGAUGUGUUUGUGGACUGCUGUAGUUUGUUUGGACAACAGAUAUUUUAUAAGUCUUUUUAUAAUUAUUGUAUACAGCUAACAUGUACACGUACAGUACUUUUCACUAUGCUGAGUAAUGUUAAAAUAAAACAAAAAUGCCCACUGUUCAUCAGUGGAAAAGAGAA